AUGCCGAAGGGGCGGCGCGGCAGUCAGAGCCCCACGAUGAGCCAGCGGCCGACCCCGCCCCUCUACUUCCCUUCCCUCUACGACCGCGGCAUCUCCUCGUCCCCGCUCAGCGACUUUAACAUCUGGAAGAAGCUCUUCGUGCCGCUGAAAGCGGGCGGGGCGCCGGCCGGUGGGGUGGCUGGGGUCCUUCCCCUGCCUCAGGGACCUUCGGCCCCGGCCCCUCCGCCGCCGCCUGGCCUUGGUCCCCCCAGCGAGCGCCCCUGCCCUCCGCCCUGGCCCUCCGGCCUGGCCUCCAUCCCCUACGAGCCUCUCCGCUUCUUCUACUCGCCGCCGCCGGGCCCCGAGGGGGCUACCUCACCCCUGGCCCCCGGCCCCACCACCCCCCGGCUUGCCUGUGCCUCCCACCCGGAGGAGUUGUGCGAGCUGGAGAUCCGAAUUAAGGAGCUGGAGCUGCUCACCAUCACUGGGGACGGCUUCGACUCCCAGCGCUAUAAAUUCCUGAAGGCGCUGAAAGAUGAGAAGUUACAAGGACUGAAGACCAGGCAACCUGGAAAGAAGUCGGCCUCUCUGUCCUGAGGAGCUGCCCUCCAGAGCUGGGCAGCCGCCUCCAUAGGUGUUAGUGCUUAGAUAAUGUCUCCCAUUUGUUGUCAUUUCAAAGAUGGUUAUUUUCUGUUCUGUAGUUACUGCUGUUCUUGUUGCUCCCAGCACAUUCUUCACAUACAAUACCCUCUUGUGUGGUAAAUCUCAUGGUCUCUCUCCUCUGUGCCGCUCCUGGGGUGGGAUGGGGGUCCCUCAUCAGGUCUUGAAGCUAAUGCUAGGCCAGUAUUCUGGGUUUCCUGACACCAGAGGAGGGGACCCCCCAGCACCACCACAUUCACACAAACCAGAAUGAUUGCUAUGUAGGAGGGAAUUGGAAGAAACCAAUAGAUAUUUGGUUCUGCUGCUGUCUCUGCUCAGAAAGAUUGAGGACCAGAAAGAACUAAAACCAGAUGUUUUUCCCCUAAAAGCAUCUUUUAGUCCGUGGGAGUGUUUGGUAUUUCAUUUUUGGUUUUAAAAAAUAAUU